GUAAGCUUAAUGUCUCCGACCCUUGCACUUGCUUUUCCCCGGAUUCUCUCAUUCUUCUUUCACUAUGGUCUACUGGUAUGCCUCGCCUUUUCCCCUUCUUUCCUCUUUUCACCCGAGUAUCUUGAUCCUCGCAGAAUUCAGUUACUCAUCCCAAUUAAACCAACCAAGAGGAUCGGCCCUCAUGGCGUAAUCUCCGACAUGUACGCCCUCUGAUUGGCCCAUGGAGGGUCUGGCCCGUUUGGCGGCAGUGAACAAUCAUUACUCUUUCUGGUUUUGCAAACUGCACUUCAUUUCUCCUUUUCGUUGAAUGUGCGGAGGUGAAGUAUCGACGCCUGGUUAACUCUUGCUUUCUUUUUUUUUUUUUUCUUUCUUUCUUACACUCGUUUCUCCAUGCUUUCACGCGCUUAAACAUCAUGCCUCCUCCCCUUUUCCGGGAUACACCAUCAUCCGCCAGCAGCUCUCAGCGGUACACUCCAUUGCACGAAUCGAUCCCCGAAGAGCUCAACGACAGAGAAUACGGCUCGGAUGCUGACUCUCUCCCUCUCUCGGACCCUUCCGAUGGCGACGACAGCUCCGAGAUCAAACUCCGUCGUGUAGACCGCAACGGAGCCCGCAAUAAUCAAGCCUUCGCCUAUGUGCCUGUCUUGCGAAAAUCCGGCGAUGUCGAAGCGUAUCUAGACAGUAUAACCGAGGCAGAGCAGGAGUUGCUCUCGGCAAGUCGACAGUAUGAUGACCUGGAUGACGAUGACGACGAUUCGGAUGGAUACGGCCUCGGGGUGAAAAGGGGACAGAGACAGGGGUUACUACAACGAACACGCGGUCGUCGCACAGGUUGGCGGACGGUCUAUUACUCGAAAUAUUGGUGGCGCGUACUGAUUGGGGUCGUGGUGGUCUUGGUCCUCCUGGUGCUGAUAUUCCUGGGCCUUGCGAGGUCGAGGCAGGCUGGGGACGAGCUGGAUUAUGCAAUGAUUCCGGCAGAAUCAUGGUUCCCUACUCCGCGGGGCGGAGCCUUGAAGGAAUGGGCAGCGGAUUAUAAAAAAGCAGCUUUGUUGGUUGGGAGUAUGACCCUUAUCGAAAAGGUCAAUAUCACAACUGGGACCGGUUGGCGGAUGGGACUCUGUGUGGGUAAUACGGGUAUGUCUUUUCAAGUCCCGUGCGCAAACGUUUUACUUACAUAUCCAGGGCCGGCCGAAUCUGUCCACUUCCCCUCCUUAUGUUUACAAGACGGGCCGAUGGGAAUACGGUAUGCGGAUCACAUUUCUGCUUUCCCUCCGGGUUUGACUACGGGUGCCACCUGGAAUCGCGACCUAAUCCGGGAACGAGGGGUUGCGAUGGGGUUGGAGGCACGCUUGAAGGGUGUCAAUGUCCUUCUGGGACCAUCAAUGGGACCUCUCGGAAUGAUGCCCGCAGGGGGACGAAACUGGGAGGCAUUCGGUUCCGAUCCCGUGCUACAAGGAAUUGCUGCGGCAGAGACCAUCAAGGGCAUUCAGAGUAAUGGCGUCAUGGCUACUGCAAAACACUUCGUGAUGAACGAGCAGGAGCAUUUUCGCCAACCCUUUGAAUGGGGAAUUCCGACCGCGCUGUCAUCGAACGUUGGCGAUCGUGCCUUGCAUGAAGUGUUUGCAUGGCCUUUUGCAGAGAGUAUCCGCGCCGACGUAGCCAGCGUCAUGUGCGCAUAUCAGAUGGUGAACAACAGUCACGCCUGCGAAAACAGCAAACUCCUGAAUGGUAUCCUCAAGGAUGAGUUGGGGUUCCAGGGGUUUGUGCAGUCCGACUGGCUGGCUCAACGAUCAGGUAUCAACAGCGCAUUGGGUGGGCUCGACAUGAGCAUGCCCGGCGACGGCUUGCACUGGGCGGACGGGAAGUCCCUAUGGGGCAGCGAACUGACCCGUGCCGUGCUCAACACGUCGAUCCCCAUGGAGCGUCUGAACGACAUGGUAACCCGUAUCGUGGCAGCAUGGUACCAUCUCGGACAGGACCAAUGGGAACGGCCAUCGCCCGACGGUGGAGGCGGUCCUAACUUCUCCUCUUGGACGGAUGACCAAACCGGCUGGUGGCAACAGGGCAGUGCCGAGGCUAACGAUCUGGAAGGAGGAUGGGGUGUUGUUAACAAGUACGUGGAUGCUGGUGCAGGACACGGUGACAUCGUGAGAAAAGUAGCCGCGGAAGGCAUCGUCCUAGUGAAGAACAACAAUAACACCCUACCGCUGUCUCGUAGUCCGCCGAGCCCUUAUCGCAUCGGGAUCUAUGGUGACGAUGCUGGCCCGGCCUUAGGACCGAAUGCGUGCCCCGAUCGUGGAUGCAGUCAGGGGACAUUGGCGUCAGGGUGGGGCAGUGGGACUGUGGAAUUUCCUUUCCUCGUGAGUCCCUUGGAGGCUCUGCAGGGUGCCUGGGAAUCCGAUGUAGAGAUAACUCCAUAUCUGCAAAAUAUGGUGAUGCCCGUGAAUAUCCAAGAUAAAGAUCUGUGUCUCGUGUUUGCCAACGCAAACUCCGGCGAGGGGUAUAUCUCCGCUGGGGGAAUCCACGGUGAUCGGAAUGAUUUAUUCUUGCAGAAAGGAGGCGACACCUUGAUUCAAGCUGUGGCUAACAAUUGUCCGGGGCCGACAGUGGUGGUUGUUCACGCCGUCGGCCCGGUCGUUGUGGAGUCGUGGAUUGAUCUUCCCGGCGUGGAUGCGGUGCUCUUUGCCCAUCUGCCUGGUCAAGAAAGCGGAAAUGCACUAGUGGAUGUCCUGUUUGGCGACGUUGACGCGAGCGGUCGACUGCCGUAUACGGUUGGAAGGAGCCUGGAGGACUACGGACCCGGGGCACAAGUGCUAUAUGAAAACAAUGCGCCGGUACCGCAAGUUGAUUUUAUGGACGCGCUAUACAUUGACUACCGGUAUUUCGACAAAUUUAACAUCACGCCACGAUAUGAGUUCGGCUUCGGCCUUUCCUACUCCACUUUCGAGCUGUCUAGGCUGCAGAUUAAGUCGAUCCAAUGGAAGUCCCGACUGCCAAAGUCGCGGCCGCAAGACCCAGUGUCCCCGCCAGAGUAUGACACUCGUCCACCCGUCAACGAAAGUGUGCUUUUCCCUGAAGGUUUCCACGCACUAAGCAAGUUCGUCUACUCAUAUCUGCCAUCGCUGGAUGGCACGGCGGCAGAAAAUUAUACACACUACCCCGACGGUUAUGACCUGCCCCAACGGCCGUCUGAAGCAGGAGGCGGCCUUGGUGGAAAUCCGUCACUAUAUGAAGAAAUGGCUAAAGUACAAGUUCAAGUGGCUAACACGGGCACCCGCGCGGGUCAGACCGUGGUCCAAGCCUAUGUGUCAUUCCCAUCGGACGUGGUGGAAGACGGCGACUUAGUAGAGGUGCCGCUAGACGAGAAGGGGGAGAGGGUGACCUUUGUGCGAGACAAAGAACCGGUCGAAUUUCCGGACAGGGUUCUCCGCAACUUCACCAAGAUUGCUUUGGAACCGGGCGAGAAGAAGACAGUUGAAAUGACUCUGAACCGCAAGGAUCUCAGUUACUGGAGUGCUCGCCAGCAGAAUUGGGUCAUGCCGGACGGUGACUUUCAAAUCUGGGUCGGGCAGAGCUCACGGGAUCUGCCCUUGCACGGCAAGUACUGAAAAAUGAUGCCCAUUUUUUUUUACCCUUUACAGCAAGCGACAUACCUUGUAAUUAACUUUUUUUUUUAUCCGAUGCACAUAGAAGUUACAGAUAUAUAUAGAGCAAGCUGCACAGCCAUGAAACAUAAC